AUGCAGACCGCAUUUGGGCAGGUGGCUCCAAGCAGGGUCUGCGGCCUGUCGGGGGCAGCCCGGAGGGCCAGCGUCAUCGCCCGGGCCGAGAACAACAAGAUCCAGAAGGUAGACCGCAUCCAGAAGAAUGGCCCGCUGUACCUGAACUUUGCCAGCGACCAGUCCCUGACCUACCUGGACGGCACGCUCCCCGCCGACUUCGGCUUCGACCCCCUUGGCCUGUCCGACCCCGAGGGCGCGGGGGGAUUCGUCACCCCCGAAUGGCUGGCUUACGGCGAGGUGUACAACGGCCGCUGGGCCAUGCUGGGCGCAGCGGGUGUGCUGAUCCCGGACGUGCUGUCCCACGCGGGCCUGAUUCCGCAGACCCCGGAGGAGAUCAAGUGGUGGAAGACGGGGGUCAUCCCGCCCGCGGGCCAGUACGACAAGCUUUGGCUGGACCCCUACUCCCUCUUCUGGAUCGAGGCCAUCCUGAUGAACUUCGUGGAGCUGCGGCGGUACCAGGACUACCGCAACCCGGGGUCAAUGGGCCGCCAGUACUUCCUGGGGCUGGAGGGCGGCUUCAAGGGCUCCGGCGAGCCCGCCUACCCCGGCGGCCCUUUCUUCAACCCGCUUGGCUUCGGCACCAAGAGCGCCGACGACCUCAAGGUCUGGAAGACCAAGGAGCUGCGGAACGGGCGCCUGGCCAUGAUCGCCAUGCUGGGCUUCGCGGGGCAGGCUGUUGCGACAGACCGUGGCCCAGUGGAGGGCCUGCUCGCCCACCUCAGCGAUCCCUUUGGCAACAAUGUCAUCGGCAACCUGUCCCACUUCCUGCGCUGA